AUGGAUUCCAGCUCACAUAAAUUCUAUCCUGUACACGGCUUUGAUUCUAGAGAACAUCUGGAAACAUAUUUUUCUAACAAACAAGAAAUGAUCUUUGGAGAUGAUACAAUUAAAUUUCCAAUGGAAUGUUUACACCGUGCUUUAAAUGAGGGUCACAUUAAGGGAGACCUUUUGAUUGACAUCAGUACUGGAUCCAUCAUUCAUCAUCUCUAUACAGCCAGUGGAUAUUUCAAACAGGUCGUUGUGCUGAAGUGCUCUGAGCAAUGUAUUAUGGAGCUGAACAAAUGGAUUAACACACGUACUGGAGCAUUUGAUUGGUCUCACAUAAUGCCAUAUAUUAAAUGCCUAGAAGGAAACAGCGACCAGUGUCAGGACAAAGACAAGACAUUGAAGACAGCAAUAACAAAGAUCAUGAAAUGUGACAAUGACAAAGAGAAUCUCACAGACCCGGAGGUGCUCCCACUUGCAGACUGUGUCAUCAGUGUAGUGCUGUUGGAACUCAUCAGCAAAGACCAAGAUGAUUAUAUAAUGAAUCUCAGGAAAAUUAUGAAGAUGCUAAAACCUGAUGGAUACUUGAUAUUGGUGGGGUCUUUAAAUACAACUAAUUUUAUGAUUAGACAGGACAGGGUACAUGUGUUCAAAUAUGAUGAGAACUUUGUAAGAAAAGUCCUCACUGAUGAAGGGUUUAUUAUUGACCACUGUGCAGUCCAGAAAAGAACAGCAGUGAGUGACCUUAUAGACUAUGAGGCAGUUAUAUGUAUCACAGCUCAUAGAAAGUAUUAA